AUGCAAGAAGCUCUACAAAAUACCACCAUCCCUGCGGUCUUUGUCAGUCAUAAAAGAGGAUUAGAUGUGAUUCAUCCAGAGCGUGCGCUUCUCAGGAUAAACAAUGUUAAUAAUAAGGAGACAGCUUCUAAAUACAUCAAGAAUGCCGUUCUUUUUAUCUACACCAAUAAAAAAGGAGAGACAAUCUAUAAUAAUGGAGUAAUUACUAGAGUUCAUGGCAACAAAGGCGUGGUUAGAGCAAAGUUUGAGAGAAAUUUGUGCCCAAAGGCUAUUGGUCAGGUUGUUCUUGUCAAGUUGUACAAACUUGAAAACUGUCAACUUUAA